GUAUAGCUGACUAAAGGGACCCAAUACUCUGGGCAGCCUUUGACGCUAGACUCAUACUAAUAGUCACACAACAGCAGCACACGCCAACAGCGGAGGUAACCACUGCCGUACAUGAUACAGAUCAUAUCAGAGGUGACCAGUAUCAGCUCCUCAUAGAUGAUGUGUUUCCUCUUCAUGUCCGUCAGCUGGUUCAGUGAUCCUGGACAGUCCAGUCCUCCCUGUGAUGGAGGGACACGAUGUGACUCUGAUCUGCAGACCAAGAGUCACAAUGUCUUCCUUCCACCUCACAGCUGAUUUCUAUAAAGAUGGCGUCUUCAUCAGGAGCAGCUCCACAGGAAACAUGACCAUCCACAGUGUUUCUCCAUCUGAUGAAGGACUCUACAAAUGUAACUGUGUCUCUGGAGCUGGAGGAUCAGCAGACAGCUGGCUGACUGUCAGAGCGCCUCCUGCAGGCCGUGAUCCUCCACCUCCUCUGCUGUCUGUCUCCGCUCUGUUGCGCCACCUGGUGGUUGGAGCUCCUUACCUGGUGUCCACCAUCUUACUGGGACUCAUUUACAGAGACAGAGCAAGAGUGCAGCGUGCCAGGAAAUCAAGGCAAACAUCCAAUGAUGUUAUAAUGGAAAUGGCUGCAUGACAACCGCUGACAUCACACAUCAACAGUGAAAGAUGAGAGAGAGGAAAACAUCAAUUUUCCUGUUGCAUCCCGUGUUUACUUUAAAUAAGUCUGAUCCUUUUCUUCAUCUUUUUCACAUUAUAUUUAUCUUUCAUCAUUCCGUCUAUUCAGUUUCAACAUUUUGGGUUUCAUGUGUGUGAGUUUGUGCUGUGCAAAAAGAACAUAAACAUUUCUUUGUUUUUUUUUCACACCUGUUUUUGAAUCGAGGCCGAAACCUCCUUGUGGCUUUUUAGGCGGCUGGUAGCUGUCCGACGUGAAGCGCUCACUGUUGCCAUGGCAGCUGGUUUGACAGAAGCGGAGGUGUUUGUGGUGUGAGUUUCAGAGGGUGCUCCAGCUUCCUCCCACAGUCCAAAGACAUGCAGCCCAAACAGUACAACAGCGUGGUCACAUCCUGUCUGACGGGUGGUUGUCACCGCCCCUGCGGUACGCCCAAGGACAACAAAUCAAGUAUCCUCUCUGCGAAAGAAACGGCUGGAAAACACUUCCGGGUGUCUUUGACUCGUCCUGACUUUAACUCGGGAACUUUGUGCACGGAGUUUGGUCCAGUUUGUCACAGCUAGAUAUGAAGACUUGGAGGAACAGCAGACAGCAGGAGACGAAGUGACGGUCAGACGAAGAAAGAAGAAGUUUGUUUUCAACGCUGUGAAGGAGAGAGAAGAAGACGAGAAGUGGGAGGGGUGAGAUGAUGGAGGUGGCGGAGCAGAGAGGAGGCGUCACAGAAAAGGAGGAGACUCCUCCGAGGGAGGCAAACAGUAACUGCAACCACACUGACAACAGUGUCGCUUCCUGUCCAGCCGAGGCCACACCAGAGGUUGCCAUGGAAACAGAACAGAGCAAAGACGUCCCAGUGACACCACAGAAACCAGGACCUGUGGUUGUUCAAGCCAACAACAAAAACCCGGCCACUGAAAAGCUGGAGAAAGUCCGCAAGUGGAGCAUCACCACCUACAAGUGCACCAGGCAGGCUCUGUCAGAAAAGCUUGGCCGUGGAUCUCGUACAGUGGACCUGGACCUGGAGCCUCGCCUUGAGCUGCUCAAAGACGACCGACUGCGCUACGAAAACGUCACCAAGCUGGCUCAGACGCUGGCCAAUCAGCUCGCUCAGUUUACAGUUACCCAGAAGACACUGGGGGACGCCUUCACUGAGCUCAGCCUCAAAACACCAACACUGCAUGUGGAGUUUGGUGUGAACGCAGAGGCUCAGAGGUUUCUGUCAAAGAGCGGUGAGACUCUGACAGCGGCCAUUAACGGCUUCACAUCUGACAUGAACACCCUGGUCAACAAAACAAUCGAGGACACCAUGAUCAGCGCCAAACAGUACGAGGCCGCCAGGAUCGAGUAUGAUGCGUACCGGGUCGACCUGGAGGAGCUGAACCUGGGACCUCGGGACGCCGUCACUCUGCCCAAACUGGAGCUGGCCCAGAAAGACUUCCAGAACCAGAGGGAGAGGUACGAGAGGAUCAGGGACGCCCUGUCCGUCAAAGUUAAGCUGCUGCAGGAAAACAAGGUUAAAGUCCUCCAUAACCAGCUGUGGCUGCUUCAUAGCGCCGUUGCUGCUCACAGUUUAUCGUGUCAAAGCUUCCUGGAGCAAAACAUUCAGCAAGCCACCGAACACCUCAACAACCCCAGCGUAGACGCCCCCUCCUGGCUGGAGAGUUGACCCAUCAUGGCAAGUGGACUGAUGUUGGGUUCAGCAGAUGUUUUGGUAUAAAUAGACGCUACUGGGGGGAAAAGUCAGAGUGAGGCUUGUUUUGGGAAUUUUGGACUAAAAAAGUUGGGAUGUGAAAUUUGGGAUAGUUCGGUCGGUAGGUAGUUUAUUUAUAUUCCAGUUUGUGGGUUAGGGAUCGAUUUCCAACCUCUGGAAAACUUAGAAAAAAACUCUGUUUGCUACAAAAAUCUGGAGUUAGAUAGUUCAGAGGGAAAUUGAUUAUUCUGGAUGUUGAAUGGGCUCCUGCAGGUCUGGAAAGACAUUUGAAAGGUGGAAUUUCAUCACUUUCUGGGUCUCAAAAUAUUAUGGAUAAAAAAUUUAGAAAGGUUUUGAAAAAAUGAGGUUAUUAUUUUGAACUCUUGACAUAUUUAGGACAAGAAUUAUCUCUCUUUCUAUACUAUAGAUUCAGAGGCAUACAGUACUUGUGACUUUUGACCUGUUUAACAGAGACACAUAUAUACCCCUCCUGGUUUUCUUUCCUCUGUCUCACUGUGUUGGGGAGUAAAUCCAUAAUCCUCUGUGAGGCACUAAGCCUUUCUUUGAACUUUAAAAAUCCUCAGCCACUGCAGUCAGAAACUCACAGUUAAACUAAAAGUGCCUCAACACCACUGCUGGGAAAACAGCUUGGUUUUUCCAUAGGGGCUGGUACUAUCAGCAACUCUGCACCAGCUCGGUUUGGCUUCAUACAUCAUAUUCAGCUGUAGAUAAUUAACUUUAUUUGUUAAAAGGCAGGAAUCAAACCUGGCUGUUCUCUGGUUAAUGUCUUAUCUCCAAGCCAGUGUUUGUUCUUGGCCAAAGAUUAUUUGUGAUGUAAAAGAGACUUGUCAUAGUAUCACCACUCUAUGAGUAGAUUGUGUGUAUUCUAACUGACCAUAUCACAUCAGUCAUCGACGCUCUCCAGUAUUUGGAUCAAAUAGCUCAUUGAAAAAAUUGGCUGUUAAAGUAAAAUAUGCCACAUCGUCUUUUGCUCUUCAUAUUUUUGGGUUUUAGCUACAAACUAAGUGUCUGUGCCUUUUCUAACUAACAAAAAGUCAGAAUCUCAGCUGAAUCUUUCAAUUUUAAACCUUUUGUUGUAAAUGUUGAAUGCUGAAUUCAAAUGAGUUUCAUAAGGCAUUCGAAAGGACUCAGAUUUGACAGAAUGCUGACCCCGAACAACUUUUGGACAGUUGAUUGACCGCCACCUGCUGCAUAGUUAGUUUAAGCAGCUCUGUUCUGGUUAGGUGUUGCCUUUUUCUUUCUCUGGUGUCCAUGGCAGAAUCUCAGCGUUAUAGCGUUUAUUUGCUGUCUGUCCAGUGAAGAUUUGGAUGAUUGAUUGACGGUCAACUGUCAACUUAAUUCACCUACCACAGAUUAAGUUAAAGCAGCACUAGUUUGGUUAGCUGAUGGUCAUUUCCUCUUCUGGAUUGCAUGGCAAGACAUUCAACAGCCUGUUGAGACCAAUAAUUUGUUGGAAAACAGCUUCACUGUUCUCAAUGCUGAGCCAGCGAGUUAAAUAAUGAUGAAAGAGUUGGAUAAAUCAUGGAUGCAGCUUUUUUUCUGGUUGAAUGCUGGUCAUUUCAUCCUCUGGUAUCCAUGGCAAAAAGCUCAAGGACUGGGUUGAUCUCAAUAAUUUGCAGCAAGUCAAAGUAAAGUUGCAGUAUGCAGACCAUGGGCCUUUUUUUUGAAAAGAGGGGUUGUUUUUAGCCAAUCUUUUUGGCAAUGAGUCAUCAGUGGCUCGUUUUAGUUUUACAUUACUGUCUGUACUGUGAUGACUUGAACAAGUUAUGGAUGGCCAUCUGCUAACUUCCAGCCAAAGAUUUAGUUCCAGUAGCACUGAUCUGGUUGACUGCUCGUCAUUCAUCCUCUGGUUUACAGGGCAAGAUGCUCAGCACUUGUGGAGACCAAUAAAUUGUGACAAAUGCAGUAUGUCAACAAUAUUGCUUUAUUCAAAGGUUAAAGAAAGGUUGGCUCAUUUUGUCAACACUCUAUCAGUCACCAAAGUUUUAGUGUUUAUUUACUGUCUGACCCGUGAAGAUGUGGCCAGUUGUUGGGCUGAUUUGGCACUGAUUUGGUUGACUGCUGGUCAUUUCCGUUUCUGGUUUACAUGACAAGAUGCUCAGCAGCCUGUUGGGACCAAUAAUUAGCGAAUAACCAAAAUAUAUUGCUGUCUGUCAACGAUAUUGCCUUAUUCAUAGCUAUUGUAACAGUUGGCAGUUAAUCUUUCAGGCAAUAUUUUAACAGUAGCCAGAGUUUUAGUGUUAAUGUAUUUUUCCAGUGAUAAUUUGGAUGGUUGAUUUAUAGCCAACUUAACGUACCAGUCACAGAUUUAGUUGCAGUAGCUCUCCUCUGGUUUACAUAGCAAUCUGUAAAGAUCAAUAAUUUGCUGUGAACUCAAAAAUGUUGCUAUAUGUCGACGAUGUUGCCUUGUUUGUUGUUAAAGAAAGGCUGGUUGUAGCCAAUCUUUUUGGCAAUGUUCCAUAAGUAGCCAAAGAGCUAAUGUUUAUUUACUGACUGUCCUGUGGAGAUUUAGAAAAGCGAUAAAUCUAUUAACUUACCAGCAACAGAUUUAGAUUCAGCAGCUCUUGUCAGAUUGGCUGCUGGUUAUUUCCGCCUCUGGUUUACAUGACAAGAAGCUCAGCAAUGUGUAGAGACCAAUAUUUUGCUACAAGCCAAAAAAUGUUGCUAUACGCCAAUGAUGAUGCUUUGUGUGUUUUCAAUGCCAGGUAAGUUGGUUGUAGGCAAUCUCUCUGGCAAUGUUUCAUCAGUAGCCAAAGAUGGCUUUCUGUCAUCAUAACCUGCCUGCCACACAUUUAGUUACAGUAGGACUGGUCUUCUGGUCUGUUCGGCAACUGGUCAUUUCUUCCACUUGUUUAGGCUACAUGGCAAGAAGCUCCACAACAUGUUGACCCUAGUACUUUUUAAAAAAAAAAUAGUCGCAUUAUGCCAGCAAUGUUGUCUUUCUUUAUGUUUUGUGAAGAAAAGGUUGUGGCUUUUUGGCAAUGUUGCAUCAGUAGCCAAAGUUUUGGUGUUUAUUUAUGUCUAUACUGUGAAGAUUUGGACAAAUGAUGGAUGACCAGCCGUCAACUUACCAGCAACAGAUUUAGUUUCAGCAGCUCGUUUGGUUGGCUGCUGGUCACCAACAUGUAGAGAUGAAUAAUUUGUCAUUAACCAAAAAAUGUUGCUAUAUGUUGACAAUAUUGCCUUGUUCGUUGGUAAAGAGAGGUUAGCUCUGCUUGACAACAUUCCAUCAGUACCGAACAUUUUAGUGUUUAUUUACUUCUCCUGCAAUUAUUUGGAUGGUUGAUUGAUGACUACGGACCAAAAAAAAUUUUGCUGUACAUCGACGAUGUUGUCGUGUUUGUUGUUAAAGAAACGGUAGUUGUAGCCAGUGUUUUCGGCAAAGUUUCAUCAGUAGCCAAAGUUGUAUUUUUCUUGUCCGUCUGAUUUAACAAUGUAUCAUCAUUAGUCUAUAGGCCCCUAAAUUUAAACCACAACUACCUGGACAUUUUUUAUUCACUCCGACUAAAAUUGCGACCACCACCAAGAGUAGUUGGUGCUUCUGAAUGUUCUCCAGUUACACUCCAGUUUUAACUAUUUUAUCAGACAGUGACACAGUAAGAAACCAGUUAGUUUGUAUGUUAACUUUCUGCAACUUAAGAACUUUUAUCAUUAUCAUCCAUUAUUUUCUUGUGUAUUGGCGAGGAGAGGUGACUUGUAUUCAAGUUUAAAACCAAUCUGUUCCUUUCACACUAUGCAAUUUUGUCAGGAAAAAGAUUUUUACUCUGAAAUACUAUGGUGUAAAAAAGGAGUUAUAUUCAGUCUAGUAGAACAUGCUGAAUAGAUUUGCAGCCUUUGUAUGUUUUUUUUCUUCUGAUUGAGACCAAAAUGUUUCAGGCUCUCCCGUUCAUCCAAAUUCAGCAGACAAAAAAAUGCAGAAAUACUUUAAAUUUGUGUCAAUUUUUAACAGCAGCACAAUGUAAAAUGUUGCUCUUAUUUUGUCCUCGCACUCUUUGCACUAUAUCUAAGCAUAAUCUGCCUUUAAUAUUUGCUGUGGCACUGAAUGUGUUCAGUGAAUUUACUCCUUUCAGACUGUUCUGUUAACAUGUAUGAGUGUUUUUGUUUGUGUCACUGUACCUCAGGCCCGAAAACUAUGCAAUGACUUUUGAUGCUUUCUGUGCAAUAAUGUGUCAAAACCUCGCCUUAAAAAGUGAUUUGUACACUGCCAGUGAAUUUGUAUCCUUGUCUUCUAAAAGCAGAACUGUCCCACGUGAAUUAAGGGAUAAUACAGACUUUUUGAAGUGGGGUUGUAUGAGGUAUUUAUCCAUAGCCAGUGUAGAUGGCGGUCAACACAACCCCAGUUUAGAGAAGCAGGCAGGAGUACCACCACAGAUGCUGAGCAAUGCACUGAUGCAGAGGGGGGCAGCUUAUUUUAGCCAUUAAAAAAUAAAAUCAGGGGCGUCGGUAGAGUAGUGGAUAGUGCCAGCACCCCAUGUACAGAGGCAUUGCCUCGCUGCAGUGGUCACGGGUUCGACCCUUAAGCUGCGUGUCAGUCCCCGCUCUCUCUCUGUCUCCCCAUUUCACACACUGCCAUAUCCAUUAAAGGCAAAAGCCCACAAAAACACUCUUUAAAAAACAAAACAGUUUAAGUCUACUCUAUAUUCUGAAUAUGUUCGCUGCUUUACCACUCUGUCGUUUGCUCUCUUUAAAGCCACCAGACUCCAUUGGCAAAUACAUUAAUUUUAAAUCACUGAACACAGGAGUUGCUGGUCUACAAAGUCACACAAUAUCACGACUAAACCAACCGACUGAGGCAGCGGUUGAGCAGCAGCUCCCGUGUUCCACCAGGUGAAAUGACUGUUUAUGUCACUGCAGUCUGGAUUUAGAGAACAGCUUCAGUUCCUCGUUGGUAAAUCACCAUCCAACUGCAAGUUAAAACAGUGAAAAUAUUCUAAAUGUAGCGUACAUGUUUAUCGCUUUUAACCUUUGCCCCCAUCCACAGCAGUGCAUUGCUUAGCUUCCGUGGUGGGAUUGUUUGCUUUUCCAAACUGUUGGACCACCAUCUACAUAGGUAAUACCAGGACUAUGGAUAAGUACCUUGUAUAUCCCCACUUCAAAAAAAAAAAAUCGGAACUAUCCAUUUACAUAUUGCUUUAAAGGGAAAUUCCACUCAAUUUAAAGAUGAAGUUCCUGUGACAUGUUUGAGGCCAAAACCAGCUCCAACUUACCGUGUUGUUAUAUGAGGAAGAAACACAACAGGGUUUGGUUGUAAACUGUACAGCAGAUUAAAGAGGGAACUGGCAAAAUUAAGAUCUUUAAGUUGAUAUUCUAGGAGAAUAAAAAGUUUUUAGUGAUCCUAGCAUACUGUAAUGCCUGGUACACACUACACGAUACCAGCCCGAUUAUACCCCGACGCAGCGACGUACAGUAUCGGCAUGGGUCGUGAACGACAAUGAGUGUCGUACGUGAUAAUCCAUCGUUUCAUCUCGUGUAGUGUGUCAUGGUAGACGACAACUGACGCCACGUCUGGGACAUCCCACGACGUUCCAACAGAAAGUCUGGCAUGUUUGAUUUUCUUUUUGUAGUUCACGACUUCUCCCGUCACAGCCGUCACUUUGACCAAUAGGAACACAGAGCGAUGUGCUGCCGUGGAAACUGUACGAAAACAACAGCCCAGUUUUAUUGAUAUUCCCUGUAGGGACGUUACCACACAGAGUGAAAAGGUAGUACUGCCAUUAGCAUCAAGCUAGCAAUCAAUGUUACCUCUUCAUAACGGAGGAUAUAAAGUAGAAAGAAAAAGAAAAAAAAUAGUGGAUUUUACUCACCACAAUUGCAGAGGCUACCAGCUUCAUUUGAAACAGACGACAUUAUAAACGGGCCGUUAUUUAUUAAUCCCUCUGUGUUUUUAUAUUUUCACUUUUUAUUCGCUCCCGUUGCCUUGAAAAAAUUAAUGCAUCGCACCGUCAUUUCAAACUUAAUACUUCCUGUAUCCAUUUCAAAUUAAAAGCUCCUUAUAACUUCAGUUGAGAGAAUCCCUCCAUUUUCUAAAAAGGCUUUUAUUGUGAAACAAU